AUGGAAGCUUUCGUUAUCACCGAUGUUUGGGAUGCUGAUUUGCGCUUCCGUGCGCUGCCCGGUGCCCAACAGCAGCCUGUGUUGCCGCCCUGCGUCCCGACCGCCGCACAUCGCGAGGAUGUUAGGGGAUGGCAGGAACAUGUCGAGAAGGAGGGCCUCACCGAUGCAUUCCAGCCGCUCCGUUACACGGAAGGCAAACGUUACGAGGGAAUAAUCAAGGAGAGCAAGAAGAGAGAGAAAAGGGUAGACAAGGAGAUUAGAAGGACCCGCAAGCUCGUCUCAGAGGCGAUUGAGGCCCUCACGCAGACGCUCACGAGAAGGCCCCGAGGACGACCCCCAAAGAACUCCCGACCGAAAGACGCACAAGUAGCAUCACAGCCAUCACUGCGUCGACCCACACGGCAAGAGUCGAGGACCAUGCAGGCCCUAGAGGAAGCCCUGAAGGAAGUAAAGUGGUACAAGGCCAAGAAUGCCCCUAGGCACCAGAGGCAACGUCCCGAAAUGUGCCGCCUCGACUUCCCGACACCGUGCGGCACAGUACAGGCCUGCACACGCGUCCAUGACGGUUACUGGUAUGGGGGCCAUCGACCUGGCACUCCCAUUUUCAGGUGCAUUGAGAUCCCUCAGCCGCGCGGGCCUGAGACAAAGAUCGUGUUCAAGUACCCGAGCAUUCUCGACGGGUACUCGAAUUUCCUCGAAAAGCACCCAAACUUACUCGAUAAGUACCCGGACUUAUUCGAGAAGUAUCCGAACUUUUUUUACGAGAAGGACGCUGACCUAUUCGAGCGGUUCACGGAUUAUAAACUCCGGUUCGAAGGCAUCGUGCCUUUCGACCGCGGGGAGAUGAGCGUGCGGUUUUACGACCACGCCCUUCCGAAUUUAUUGGUGAUGGUUGUCGCCAUGCUCGGCUACGACUCCUGCCAUCAUAGUCAGGGGCUGGACCGAGUGCGUGAAGUGGUGGAGAAGACCAAGGCCAUGCUGAAGCUGGAUCUCAUGGAACUCACGAACCCGGAGGUUGGACAAUUGUGGGUUUGUCUCAAAGAAUUGCAAGAAUCGUGGGUGAUGCUGUAUUAUCGCAGCGGCAACCAGUCGAGGCUCCCUCGGUAUCUCAGGGAUCAGAUCAACGAUUCGAUCUCGCGUUUCUGGGAGAUGGGUUGGCUGAUAACCCAGCUGGGGCGAACCGGAACGAAAAUACCGUUUUGCCGUUUUAUGGUUCUGCAUGCCUGCGCGGGGCUUCUGCAAGCGGUGACAGGCCGCAACGUCAAGACGCUUUGCGAUGCAUAUUUCGCGAAGCUGUCUGAAGAGGGGUGCGAGCAGUAUGCAGACGGAGAGCGCGACGACGUGCUCAUCUACAAGAGCGACAAGCCCUUGACAAAGCACGAAGCAGUUCUCGGCGACCUCUACCACCCCGACGGCCCGCCGCCUUUACCAUCCUACCUACUAGAAAGGCUCAAGCACUCGCGGACACUUGCGAGAUCCGUGUUGCCGGAGCAGCCUGCGAGAGCCGAGCCUGAGCCAUCCUCCCCCGGGCCAACAGCUGCUGCCGACGCAGACACUAUCGUCGUCGCAUCCAGCUCCACGCCCGCAACGCCCGAGGCGACGAAGAACAGUCGGAAGAGACCUGCCGUCGACAUCGAGGAGAGAUUAGACGAAUCGACCCACCAGCCGCAGCCGGAGCAGGCCAAGAAGCAAGCUGGAACCACUACCGGAAGCCAGACUGCUGGUCCUCCCCUUACUACGAAGAAGCUGAGAGCCACGAAGCAAACCACAAACAACCAGAACCCUGGGCCGUCUCACCCUCCAGCCCCGAACUGA